GUUCGGAAUCACAGUGUCGGGGGCCGAUUGUUGCAGGAUCGCUCAGUGGGAAAUAUAGAUACAAAUCGCUGCUCACGAUUCCAGUUCGAACUUUAUUUUUCGUAUCUAUGUGCCCUGUGGACGCUCGAGGGCAGACGCUGGGGGACGGGGACCGGGUCGAAGGCACGCUGCUCGACGUCGACCACAUCGCCGAUUUCCACGACGAGGCGGUCAGGGCGCUUUACGACGACCAGAGCGACGACCUGAGCGCCCCCAGCCGACACGCCCUCGCCAAGCUGACGGGGCUGACGGGUGAAGGGCGGUGCGAGGCCGCCUAUGCCCGCUGCCCUGGGCGCCUCUCACCCAAGAUGGCCCUGGGCGUCAUUUUCAAGGAGCUGGGCGUGUCUCCUGGCCACAACUAUGACCACUGGACCGGCGCAGUAAACAACGUCACCAAUAGCAUCGAGAUGUAAACAGAGUGACGGAGGCAGGGACGAGCGGAGCGCAACAACAACAGCAGUAUUGUAGAUGAGGAAGAAAGGGAAAAAAACAGCAAAUCAUCAGAAAACUAGUGUUAUUUAUUCUAUUUA